GCCGCCUCGCCGCCGCCACCGCGCCGCGUCGCCGCCGCCACCGCGCCGCCUCGCCGCCGCCACCGCGCCGCGUCGCCGCCGCCACCGCGCCGCGUUGCCGCCGCCUCGCCGAUGGCCUUGCCCUAUGCUUCCAGUGUUGCAUAGUUUCAUUGCCUAACAACUCACAUACCGUUUGAAGUUAGUUUGACCUUUGGAAUGGCUGAUAGCAACUUUGUGCCACGAGCUACCUCGCAUGUCAUUCUUGACUUGGAUGGUACACUUCUGAAUACAGAUGCCAUCACAAAUGAAGUAUUGAAAGUUUUCAUCAUGCGUUACGGCAAGAAGUGGGACAGCAGAAAGGCUCACAGAAUAGUAGGAAGAACACCUGCUGAGGCUGCAGCUAUAAUUGUGGAAGAUUAUGAGCUAUCUUGCACGCUGGAAGAGUUCAUAUCUCAAAUUACUCCAAUGUUUUUUGACCAAUGGUGCAAUAUUAAACCACUUCCAGGUUCUAAUAGGUUAAUUAAACAUCUAACGAGUCAUGGAAUUCCAAUGGCUUUGGCAUCAAAUUCUCCAAAAUCCAACAUAGAAGAAAAAAUUUCUUUUCAUGAAGGCUGGAAGGAAGCAUUUUCUGUUAUUGUUGGUGGCGAUGAAGUAAAUAUGGGAAAACCAUCUCCUGAAAUAUUUGUUGAAGCUGCUAAGAGGUUGAAUGUUGAUCCAUCCACUUGCCUAGUUGUUGAAGACUCAUUGUGAGUGUUGCAAUUUUUCUAUCCU